AUCCUCGUGACGUCAUGGGUGAUGCUGACGGCUCCAAACAGGAAGAAAACAUCUAGCCGCUGGUGGAGCAGCCUGUUUUGUCGUUCCUAACGUAAUGAAUCGCUUCUGAGACUGAAGAACAAACAGCUGCGCUGUCAUGCUAUGCGCGGAGUAGAGGCAGCUGCGACGGAUUCCCAAAGAGUCUGUUUCUGAUCGACUUUCGUCCGCUACGAGUCUCAUAACGAGGAGUGAAUGAGUGACGUGGCGCCUCCCACAGCCCUCAGUGAAGUCCAGCUCCGCUUCCUCUGCCAAGAUGACAUAGAGAACGUCAAGCAGCUCUGCAGCGAUUGGUUUCCAAUCGAGUACCCAGACUCAUGGUAUCAAGACAUCACCUCCAACAAGAAGUUCUUCUCCCUCGCUGCCACCUUCAGAGGAGGCAUCGUGGGAAUGAUUGUGGCGGAGAUCAAAGGCCGGACCAAAGUACACAAAGAGGAUGGAGACAUCCUGUCCUCCAGUUUUCCUGUGGACACACAGGUAGCCUACAUCCUCAGCCUGGGAGUGGUCAAAGAGUUCAGGAAACACGGAAUUGGCUCCUUACUGCUGGACAGUCUGAAGGAGCACAUCUCCACCACCGCCCAGGACCACUGCAAGGCCAUCUACCUGCACGUCCUCACCACCAACAACACUGCCAUCCACUUCUAUGAGAACAGAGACUUCAGACAGCACCACUACCUGCCCUACUACUACUCCAUCCGCGGCGUCCUCAAAGAUGGAUUCACAUACGUGCUCUACAUUAAUGGGGGUCAUCCGCCCUGGACGAUAUUUGACUACAUCCAGCACAUCGGUUCGGCUCUGGCCAGCCUGAGCCCCUGCUCCAUCCCCCAGCGGCUGUACCGGCAGGCCCAGUCCCUGCUACGCUCUCUGCUCCCCUGGUCCAACAUCGCCUCCAAGACCGGCAUCCAGUACAGCAGAACCAUGUGACGCGAGGCGGAGCCCGGCUCUUCUGACGCUCGCCAGUCUUCCCCGUGCAGACCAAAACACACGCGUGCUUUCACUUCAUCGGCUUCCUCCCCCCCUGCAUUCGACCCAGUGAUGCAGUCACGGACCCGUGCGGGGAGGUGACGCUGCGGGAUCCUCCAUUCUUCAACGUUGUCCUCACAUUUUCAGGAUCUACUGGAAAAACCACCGGAUUUUUUCUCCUGGUUUGGUUCUCACUCGUACAGAACUCUUAUCUAGACCCGUAGCCUGUGUUUGUGCAGCGCCGGACCCACCUUCAGACCACAGCGUGAUAGCACACAUUGUAGUUCUGGUCUGCACGCACACAGAAUGAUACUGAGGGUUUAAUCUAGCCCUUCCUGUUGCCCUUCUCCUUCCAGCUACUAUCAGAGUUUAUGUACUUUAUUUGUAUAUUAUAUAUACUAAUAUAUCCACUUAUUUCCAUAUUUAUACGUAUUCUAUGCUGUUAGUAGAUCUGAAUGAAAGGUAAGACCAUACUUGCUCCUUUGUUCCUAAAGACCAUUUGAAAGAUGAAGGAGUUUAUCAAUCUGGGAGUUUGAAUAAACUUUAUUGCACUCAGAAACCUUUUAAACACAAUGCAGUAAAUUUCGGUAAAGUUAGCAGUUUCCUCUUUUUUUUCUCAAUCAAAGAUUUAGUAGAAACCCGUCAGACCAAAUGUCCUUUUAUAUUUAUGCGUGGUCAUCAGUCCAGCAGAAGCCCCGCCCUAUUGUGGAUGUCAUUUUAAAGAUUUUAAAUGAUGACAGGUAGUUUUUAUUUGUUUUUUCCCCUUCAUUGAUUGUAACAUUGCUGGUAAUGCGAAAACUUUUAAAACGUGUCCCACGUUGGGCUUUUAUGUUGGCUCUCAAACAAACGGCGCCUCCUGCAGGAGGGUCGCGGUAAAUCCACCGACUCGCAGGGUCAGUUUGCACCAACGAAGUGCCAAAUAUUGGACAAAUUAGUCUUAGGGUCACUUUGUUUGAGAUCUUGAUCAUUUUUUGUCGGUUUUCUUUGACUUCAGUUUGAUUUACACAUCAGUCCAGUUUGUCCGUCAGGGAACAAAUCAGAGUUUGAUGUGACUGAACAGCGGGGAAGUCAUGUGGGAUUGUGGGAAAUCAAAAGUACCUUUCCGAUGUUGUUUGUGUGAUGAUUGGAGAGGCUGUGAAAACUGACUCUGUCCCGGCUUCCAAGCUUUGUCGUGUUGUGAUAGUCUUCUUGUUCCUGUUCAGUUGUUUUGAAUACCUCAUACCACGGCUUCAACACUUUGUGACUCUGUGUUGCAUUUCUGUCCGUCUGUUUGAACUUGGGAUAGACUGAAUAAAAUAUGAUUCAAACUAAA